AUGUUUGGAACCGGGAGCUCAGUGGAGGAUAACAACCUGUGUGGCGGAGAACUUUCAGGACGCCUCCUGCCUCCUUCAGACGACUUCGACCCGGGUGAAGCCAUGACAGGAAGUUUACAAUGCCCCCAGCACCGUCGCUAUCAUCAUCCCAUAGUGACAAUGGAUGAUUGUCUCCUGCAGGCUCCCAUCACCAAUCUCUCGUCUCAUAUAUCCGGUGGCUGUUCCGCUUCUCUAUUUCCCAACUCUCCUGGAGGAGAGCCGCCUAUCCAAGCGUUGGAUCUUCCAUGCCCUGGGGUCAAUGGCAGGCCUGGGAUAUGCCAAGGAGGCCAGUUGAGUCUUUGCAGAGGGGCUCGAAAUAAUUGGAACCAAUUCGCAGAUGGUCGGGAAGAAAUGAGCCUGCCUACUUCUCCGGCAGUGGGGGUCGACAUUCGGCCCCCGGGGUUCUGGUUCGCCAACCGUUUCCACGGCCCCUCGUAG